AUGCUCCUUACCCUCAGGAAACGUUAUGAGAGACAUGCAUGUGGUGGCUAAAUCUGCGACUAAACAUUCAUGAGGCGCCUAAUGAUGUUGCUUGAAUUUUCUACUUGAGUACUUGUUGAUUAUAUCUAUAUAUGUUUUUCUUUCUUUAGCCAGACCACGUUUGGUUGCACUCAAAUCAGAAAUUCAAAUAUACAAGAAGAACCUUCAUCUUCAUUGUGUACUGUCGAAAAACGCUAAUCCUGAAAACAUCACGUAUUCGUGGGCGUAUUGCGACAAAGAUGUCGCAUCUUGUCAGAGUAAGGAUGAAUGGAAAUCAGUUCAAUCAAGACAGAAUAACACUAUCAAAAUCUUGUCUCGUCAAGCAGGAGGAAUAAGAUUGUACCGUUGCACAGCUGACAACGGGUUUAAAAAAGACCAACUGAUAUGGACGAUAAUACGACCAAUAGGUGAGUUAAUGCUUCUCUUCAAUAUUUAGAACAUCACUAGUGUGCGAAAAUUAUAUUGAGAAGAACUUGGUAAAAAGAUGCGGCAACCUAUUCAUAUCACUCAUGCAACAAGAGGCUUACCUAGCGAGGGGGAAAGGGGGUGGGGGUUGUGCCCCAAGAUUGUCGGUAAAAUGGAACGCGGAUCGGUAAAAUAUGGGAAAAUCGGUAAAAUCUUUUUUAGAGUCUUUGUCAAGCACUUACUGUAUGCUGCUGUUUCGAUUGGUUUUUACCAAUAGUACUUUACAAUAUUAUAGAAUUUCGAUCAAAUUGAGUCGCAUUGCAUCUGUAGGAGGAGAUUUAAAAUUCAACUUUAAUUUUUUUUAGUAGGUAAUUCGUUGGUAAAAAUGGGGUGUCAACCCUCUCCCCACAUGUAAUGGCCAAGGAACGCCAGUCCUGAUUCCCUUUGUGCUGUGUUCCUUCCUGUUCUAACAAUAAUUGAUAUUAUUUCAACAGGUCAGACUAUUCCAAAGGGUGUAUGUGAUCACAUAGCAGUAAAGUUGGAAUCAAACAUUGCAGCAAGGUUGGAAUCAGAGAAAGAAGAAAAAUCUGGCAAUAGUAGCAUGGGACCAAUUGUUGUAUGGCAGGGUAUUGUUGCUUUCCUCGCUAUUCUUCUCCUUGUUACAUUGUUUCUCACAUUUCGCCGACGAAACCCACCAAAGCAAGAGUACAAUACAUGUGUUGUUCCAGUGUUGAAGGAGAAAAUUGGUGAUAGUGUUUGA